AUGGAGGAUCAACAAUAUCAACCCAUUGAAGAGCAACAAGCACAAGCUUCAGUUUCUACAUUAGCAAAUAAUGUAGAUCAUGUGGAUGUGGAUGAGUACUUUGCUUCUCUCCCACCUGGUUACCGUUUCAAUCCUACAGAUGCAGUGCUCAUUGUUAACUACUUGAAGAGAAAGAUCAACCAUCAAACACUGCCAAUCAACAAGAUUCAUGAUGUUCAUCUUUACGAAUUUAAUCCUCAAUAUCUUUCAGGUAUUCCUGUUCUUCAAUAUGUUUCAUGUUCUUCAAUACGUAUUCAUAUUUCUUGGAUAUGUGAAAAUUACAAGCCAUAUGAAGAGAAGGAAUGGUAUUUCUUUACACCAAGAGAUCGAAAGUAUAAGAAUGGGAAGCGGCCAAAUCGAGCUGCAGGUGAUGGUUACUGGAAGGUUACCGGUACAAAUAAGACUGUGAGAUUUAUGGGUGCCGAUGUUGGCUUUAGAACCGCAUUAGUAUUCUACAAAGGAAUACCUCCCAAAGGCGAAAAAACCAACUGGAUUAUGCAUGAAUAUCGAUUACCAAACAAUCAUCCUCAGGCUCCAACCGUUGGAAAUGAAAUGAGGUUAGAUGAUUGUGUUUUGUGUAAGAUUUACAAGAAUGUAGACAGAUCAAGGAGCAUAAGAAACCGAUAUCCUGAUGAUGAGGAAGUUGUUCCAGCUGAACAUUAUUAUAAUGAACAUCUACCUGCUGAAAACUCUGCAAUGUUGCCAUCUCUAGAAAGUUUAAUUCCAGGUGAAGCUAUGGAAAUGGACAGUGGUUACAAUGGCAAAGUGAAUCCAAAUGCAUUUAUUAAUUCACAUUUUCUGCAAUCUCCUCAACUUCAUUUCAAUCAUGAUCAGGUAAUGAUGGCUAAUAGCACAUAUUUCAAUUAUCCUUAUGAUGUCAAUAAGCCGCCAAUCCAACCAGCUAUGCAAUUGACUUUGAAUCAACCACAAUCUAUUGAUGGUAUGAAGAGCAACAUGAGGCCGAAAUCGAUGAAUCAGAAUCUACAUUGUUGGGCGCUUGAGCCAAGAGGACUCGAUGAGGAACUGAAAGGUUCAAUGUUUCAAUCUGAUGCCCACAUAGAUGAAUGGUUUCCGGGUCUUGAGAAUGGUGUCCCCAGUUGCUGUAGGAUGCCAUCGCAGACUGGUGAUAUCAAAUAA